AUGGCGGCGGAGGAGACCCGUCUGGUUUUUCCGUUGUUCAACACAGAUCUUCUGUUGACCGACAGGCCGCCGGUCAAACAUGUUUACGCGGCGACAAGGAACGAGCAUCUGGUGGCGGCGACGGAGGCAGCGUCUUCUGCAGGAGACGACGCCAUCGCCGGACCUUGCUGCGAGUGGUCGAAGGAAAAGGCGGCGGCGGGACGGGAGGGUUGCUGCAAGAAGAGCAACUCGACGGGGUUUUCGAAACUUUGGAGAUUCAGGGAUUUGGGCCACCGGAGCAACAGCGACGGGAGGGAUGCGUUUGUGUUUUUAAACGGGGCGGCGGAGAAGAAAAUCGCCGGCAGAGUCAAAGUCAACGCCGGAGGAGUUGGCGGAGAAAACAACGUAACGGCGCAGCAGAAGAAAACGAAGAAGAAUGUAACGGCGUUGGCUCACGAGCGUUACAUGAGAAGUAAGGCGAAGGACGAAGAAAGACGGCGAUCCUACCUUCCUUACCGACCGGAGCUUGUUGGGUUCUUCACCAACGUUAACGGCGGCUUAACGAGAAAUAUACACCCCUACUAA